UUGCCACUGACAGUGGUGAAGUCUCUUCGUAUCUUCAUGAAAUGUUUUUUUCAGGUUUUAGAAAUGCUGCCCAGUUUCAUAGGAUGUCUGCAAGUGGUCAGAGGUGUCCUGUGGGAUGCAUGAGCUGCUUUGUGUGUAGCAUGCUUCCCGUGGGACUGGAGCAGUGUUUCUCUGGGAUUGCACCGCUUCCGCCUGAUGGUACGAGCAGAGCAUGUUCAGUGCUGAUUAUGGAACACCCCGAGGGGCUCACCAGAGAAAGAAGACAAGGCUUAGUCUUGGAAGACCUAGACCACCAGGAUGCAAUGUUCCAUGCAGGAGGGAGCAUUUUCAGCUACAGACUGCAGUGGCAUGAGAAAGCCAUGUGAUCCAGCUCCAACACUGGAAUAAUGAGUUCUGCUGACAGUCAAAAUGAUGUAGCCCAGGUUCAUCCACUUCAAAGCCGUGUUCAUUGUGGCUGCAUCUCUACUAGAACAUUGCCAAGGCAAGCCCAGAGCAGAGCAGGGGAUGUGUACCCAGCUGUUCUGUAAGACCAGUAGCACAGCAGUGCACAGUAGCACAGUUUUGGACCAUGACAAUUCAUCUCCCAGACAACUGCCUUGCAUGAUCCAAAGGUAAGCCUGGGCCAGGAGCCAUUCUUUGGAAGCAGCUUCAGUGCAUCAUCCUUCUUCUUUGGUGUAAGAUGUUCUGUAUGAGGGAACACAAGACUCAAGGAUUGGACUCAAGGCCGAAGAGUGAUCCCUGAUGGAGAUUAAUACAGCUGGGAUCUCUUGAGAAAGAAGCUUCAUACGUCUCCGAAGUGCCAGGUCACCAUGUUGGAACACCUCAGGUGAGCACACCCGUGUGAUUCAGGCAGCUCAGCUCUCCAAGGACAAGUGGAGUGCUUGAUUCAAAUAAUUACCUGGGUUAUAUGGGAUUAUGUGCUAUGUUGAUGUGGUGUCCCUGACCCUGUCCUUGGUUGGCAUUUAGCUUGGGUGCAGUGAGUUGUGUUCCCUGCUGCCAUGUAGGAUGCCCUUGGUCUUAGAAACCACAGGAGUGGAAACCUGAAUGAGCUAAAUAGUUCUAUUUUCAUCCACGAAAUUCAAGCAGAAACUUUGUGUCAGGUUUGGUUGCACAAAACAGACUACAUCUCCAGAAGCCACACACUGCAGGUACGUGCUUCCAGCAGCAUCUAAACCCCAUCUUGUGUUUAUCAUUCUGGAAUUAGUCAAUUAAUCAUUUAGGAUUCCUGCUAUUAUAUUAAUUUAUUAUUUUAUGUUAGAAGAGCAGCAACAUUAAACCUAGGAAAAUGCUGGCCCCCUCGAGAAACUGACUCAUGAGGUAUUUUAGCUCCUAUUGUCAUGAAAAGAUCUAUUAUACAAUAUUAAACAAUCCUCAGCUCACCUCUUAGACUUGAGGUCUUCCUCAGGCUAGGAACUUUACAUACCAAGUUACCUUUCUCUUUACAUGUAUGAAAAUAUCUCUUUGUACAGUAACCACAUAUAAAUGACUACUUGAGUAGUAUUUUAUUUAUUUCUGAACAAGCCUAGCUCUACAGCAUCAAAACAUUCUUAAUCACAUAUUUCAUGUUUUUCUCUGAACAUCCUUUGUCAGAUUACAUGAGUAAUUACUUCUAAAAGAAAGCUAUUCCAGAGUAAAAUAGGAAUUGAAAAUUGUGCAAAGGUGUAGUUCAUAGAGUCAUGGAAUGGUUUGGGUUGGAAGAGACCUUAAAGAUCAACCAGUUCCAACUCCCCUGCUGUGGGCAGGGACAGCUUCCACUAGACCAGGUUGCUUCAAGCCCCAUCCAAACUGGCCUUGAGCACUUCCAGGGAUGGGGCAUCCAAAAUUGCCAAUAAACAGUUUUGUGAUAAAAUUUUAUGAUAGAGGGCUGUUUCCCUUCGUUCCUUUGUAAGAGCAGUAUGAAAUCAUAAGAAAUUAAUCUAAUUUUCUACAUUUUGUUUAUUCUUGAUGUCAAGGACAUAGAUUAUCAACUUUAUGGUGAAAAGGCUAUUUUUAACCUGUUUGCUCCUCAGUUUCCCCCUUGGCAAAAUGAAGUCUUUGGAAGACUCUGCACUUCUCAAGAAUUCACUUUUGCAAAGUUAAAUGGCCUAACAACUGUAAAAUAUGCUGGGAUGCUGCUGCAGAAGAUGCCAUGCCAUGGACGCUGCAAAGUGGUGUUACAACUGUGGGGAAGAUAAAUGGGAACAGAAGAGUUUGGGUGACAGGUUAUCUGCAAACAGAAUGUGAGGCAGAAGGACAUCUUCGGGGAGUAAUUAAAUUCUCUUUCUGAAAAUUUAUACCUGCUGGGGAUGCCAGCUGAAUGUUUGUUCCACCCAACAACUUGAAUUGUUCAGCUUGAAGGGGCUUCUCCUGCAGCCAGCAGAGUGACCCUGCCCUGGAUGUCCCGUGCCUCAGCAGGAGGAACGGGAAGAUCAGACUCACCUCGGUGCCUGCUGGAGAAACGGCACAGCUGCGAUGGAGAAACGUGCCAGAGGUGCUACCUGGAAUCGGGUGCGGGCGGCGCCGGCGGCGCUGCUGGCGCUGCUCUGCGCCGCGCUGCUCCCGCUCCGCCCGGAGGCCGCCAGGGCGCACAAGCAGCGGCCGGCGCGGACCCGGAGCUGCGGCGAGCGGCCCGAGGAGCUGCUGGAGCAGCUGUACGGGCGGCUGGCGGCCGGCAUGCUCAGCGCCUUCCACCACACCCUGCAGCCCGAGCCGCCGGGCCGCCAGCACAACGCCAGCUGCCCCGCCGGGGCACGGCCGCCCGCCGACAAGAGGGUCCGGCUCCCCGUCAACCUGCGCAGCGCAUCGCCCUGGGCUUACAGGAUCUCCUACGAUCCCACGAGAUACCCUAAGUACAUUCCCGAAGCCUACUGCCUGUGCAAAGGCUGCCUGCUGGGGAUCUUUGGCGAGGAGAGCCUGCACUUCCGCAGCACCCCGGUGUUCAUGCCCACCGUCAUCCUGCGCCGCACGCCCGCCUGCGCCGGGGGCCGCUACGUCUACACCGAGGAUUACAUCACCAUCCCCGUGGGCUGCACCUGCGUCCCCGAGCAGGAAAAGGAGGCACAGAGCGUCAAUUCCAGCAUCGAUAAGCAAGAGGUGAAGUUGCUGGUGGGCCAGAACAAGCCCUCAUCGGAAUGAAGAAUGUAUUAGAAGUCGUGUUUCGGUACUGGCCUCACAUCACCACCUCAGGAAACUGUGCUGCAGCAGCAAACACACGCACUUACUCUCUUUUUCUGCUUACAGCUAUUUCAGAUAUAAGAUGGAAAGUCCAGUCAGAUCAUUAGAGAUGGCAAUUAAUUCCAUUUCUUUAGCUCGUGUAAACUUGUUUAGUUCAUUAUUGCAAACUCCAAAGUAGCCUUUUUUUUUUUCCUUAGAGCAGAACAUUUUAUCUUUGCUUAUUCACAGUAAAUUUUAGAAGAUGAUGCAACUGUAAGACAUGGUAGCUAUUGCUAUCGCAGGCUACUGGUUGUAGAUAUUUUUGAGGAAUCUUUUAUAUUCUACUUUUAAGUACACUUGUAUAAAAAUCACACAGCUGCUGUAUAUGUGACAAAUCAGCAGUUAAAAGGAUAAUUUCUCAGGCUGGGAGAGCCUCCCUUUAUACUGCAUAAGCUCCAAGCUUUGCCUCUGAGCUGUUACCUCUUUGGCUAAUUUAUACACUACAGCAAGGAAACUUUCGCUGAGUUGGAGUCAUUCAUGAAGCAAUAUUCUAUGUGCUUGCUAUUUUUAAACUUGCCAAACUGCUAAGGGUACAAAGGUGUUGAGAAAAAACAUGAUAGAAUAUUGUAAAAAUGCAGCAGACUUUCUUGACAUGGACUAUGUCUAAUUACACAGAAAAUAUCAAGUAGGAAAAACACAGUUUGGGUCCCAAGAAUUCUGUAUUUGAUUUCAUCCAUCACUGACUACUUAACUUCCUUAUGAUAAAAUUCUGUUCCAUGCAGCUGAAAGGCCGAAACCUUUCUCAUUUUAGGAGAGGAGAUUCCCCAUUAAAAAGUAAGUACCAAGGACUGGCUUCACCUCAGGUGCGCUGCAGGUGAGUAAGCAGGCUAGGUCUUAACUUCCAGAUCCUACAAGAGGUCAUUGAGUUGAGUCCCAGUCAAUCCAAACUUGUUAAAUCCACCUGAUUUUGACAAUUACUGUUACUCAUUUCUCCUUAUGCUACAUGUAACAGACGAUCAGCACCUGCAAAAGCUGACCCCAUCUGUGCAGCCCACUGCUGAUGGAACUCGAUGGCAGGCCUCACCAGAAACCCUGCAUACACAAAAACUUGCAUUUCCAGAACAAGAGACUAAAGCUGACUCAGCCUAGUGAAUGAGAAUCAGCAAUGACCAGGCAUGCCUUGCACAAACAGAAUUCCUCAGAAAGCCACACUCACCAAACGGAUAAACCUCUGAAUGCACAGCAGAGAGUCUCUUUUACAGAUGAAGGAUCAUGACGGCAAUAUCUUUACAGAAUAAACAUCAUAUGCAGCAAUGUAUCUACAUAAUGAAUCUUGAAAUUUGCCUUAAUUCAUAGCAGAGAAAGCCCCUACACUACAUAAACACACUCUUCUUUGGAGUGUUGUUGGAUGAAGAAUGGAAAGACUAUGAGUUAAUCACAAUUAACAAGCUGAAGACAGAAUGAAAGUCAUAUGACAAGUCCAUGUCUUGGUGCAUCAUUAUUGAUUGUGCUGUCUCUAACUCAGUCUAGCAUAACAGUAUUUUUCCAGUGCAAUCUGUGAAACCUCUUACAAAGCCUAAAAUAACUUUAAGAACUCCAGAAACUAAUAAAGAUUCCCAUCACAAUGUCA